CAUGCGGAGAGGUGUUGUGCCUGUGCUUAUACUUUGUUGGGCUGGAGUCUGUUGGGCUGAUGUUCAAUAUGGCGAAUCACCUAUAGCACCUACACAGCGCCCGAAACGCUCACCAUUCGAAUACUACCCCGACUGCCCGCCCGAAUAUGGCCACCAUCACCACCACCCCCCUUAUUGGCCACCACCGCCCCCUCCACCUCCACCACCACCAUACUGGCCACCUCCACCGCCACCGCCGCCACCGCCGCCGCCACCACGUCAAGAGGUCGUCUACUACCAGGUUCAGCCACAGAAUCAAGCAUACUCCCAAUCGGAAUCCAAUCAAAACCAACUGGAGUCAAAUCAACCUUGUACCACUUGCCAGGGACAGUCAGAGAGCAAUGCGAUCAGUAAUGCGAAGAGUGAAACCGGGGAUGCAGUCGCUAUCGCUGUCGCAAGGGCUAAAUCUAACUAAACACAACUCCUGUGCGACUCAUAAGUACUAAGGUACA